AUAUUAUUUUCAUUUUUAAGUUUUAGUUGCAUACACACAAAAAAAUCUUCACAACUCACAACGACGGUCAAAGGAAAAAAAAAAGAAUCGGAUAAUCGGGAAAUCCGUAAGAUUUGAUUUCCGGUGACCGUCGUUCAAUUUUGCGUUCACCGUGAAAUAUGGAUUCUUUAACUUCUUUGUGCUGAGUAAAACUCACCGGAGAAGGAAGUGAAAUGGAUUCCGAAGAAACGGCGCCGGUGACGAAGAAGCAAAAGAGGGUUUUCUCUUGUUUAGCUUUGAAGUUCUGUACAGUGAUAGUUUUCUCGAUCGUCAGCUUCUUCUUCUUGUCGUUUCUAUUAGGGAUCUUAGUGAUUUUCCUCAGUGAAUUGUGGGUUUCUUCUUCUUCUUACUCUGCCUCUCUUGCUUCCCGCUGCAAAAUUGUUUCCAGCUCUGUUGAUCUUAGGUCUUCCAAAGUAUGUGGCAUUGGUCUUUUGAACAUCAAGGCACAACAUGUGUUUUACCCUUUUGAAAGAGAUAAAUUCAGAUGUCGGUAUGAUUACUAUUGGGCUUCUGUCUUCAAGGUAGAAUAUAAAGAUCACUUAAUGGGGCAAACACGGCUUGCUUUUUCAGAAGCGCCAAAUGAAGCCCUUCCUCCUGAGUGCAGACCUAACUUUGGUGCCGCAUUGCUUACCAAAGAUAACUUCAAGGUGAAUGAGACGUACGAUUGCUGGUACACAUUAGGGAUUCCAAAAAUAAAGCUUUAUCAAGAUGGCUUUUUCGGUUGCCAAGCAAAUGAUCGUUCUUUUACCGACAUUUUUAAACAGUACGCUGUCUUAUUCUCUAGAUUAUUACAGUCGUGGUUCAAUGGAAAAGGAAGACCAAAGUACUGGAGAUAUGAUGUGAUCGCUGGCAUUGUAUCUGGUUUCUCAACUUCCAUAAUCACAGUCUUCGUCAUGCGAAUCUUAAGACAUGCAAAAUCUUGGGUCCCUCGAGCCUUUUGUUCAGUUAAGAGCCAGUAUUCUAAGGUGAAUCUCGUGGUACAAAUGAAGCGUGCUUGUUUGGUUCUUGUUUACUUCUCUGCUCUUGGAUGGAUGGCUACACAAUACUUGAAAAUUCUUUUUCCAAAGGCUUAGAAACAAAAACAUUACUUGAGAGAGCCAGUGAGUAUGUAAGGAUUUUAUAGACAGUUGUGUGAUGUAUUCUUAAAUCAUUUACAGCAAAAAGAAAGCAAUACAGAGAACAGCUUUAAGGAUUGGUUGAACAGCUGAAAACAAUCUGUUACCCUUUCUUUCAUGAA